CAGAAGCACACGCUUACAAUAUCGAAAACCAAUAGAACAUUGUUGAAUUCUCAUCAGAAAAAAACCCUCGCUACACACGUAAUUCGAUAAGAUUUCGGCCAUCGCCAUGAUGUCUGCGGGCCCGUGGUCGCUCUUGGUUACUACUAUGCUGGCACUGCAUCACGUGGCGGCGUUCACGUGCAACGCUCAACGACAAUGCUCCGGUCGAUUGCGCAGGAACGCUACCGACGACGGCGGCAGAGGGCUAACGUGGACUGGCGCUCAGUACCGGUUCGAGUGCGACACGGUGGACGCUUUGCUCAGAGACGACGGCCGUUACGUGCCGAGAAACAACAUCGCACUCAGGGCCCAGAUAUGUGGAAACGACUUGUACUUGGCGUACCCCAGGUUGCGAUCCGGCGUGCCAGCCACUGUGGCCACGACUUGCCUGUUUACUGAUGACGCGUGUGAUGAGGCAGUAUUGACGCCUUUCCCCUGCUUGUCGGUCCAGGAACAAGGUAAGUCGGGUGAUGUGCAAAACGCCGUCGACGUGUACUUGGAUGCGCAAGAGGUGCUGUGGGUCCUGGACACGGGCAUUGUGCAGACAUUGGACAGCGACGCCGAACCGCUGAGAACGGGACCGCCAACCGUAUGGGCGUUCGACUUGAACACGCGAAAGCUUUUCAACAAAAUCGACUUGACGUGCUUGACGACGCCGAUGAGUCGACUCCAGUGUCUGGUCGUGGACUACGACGAUACGAACGGCAAGUGUUACGUGUACGUGUCGGACGCGGCCAACCGUGCGGUUAUCACGUACGACGUAGUCGAAUCAAAGGGAUCGCGAGUGGUGUUGCCCAAGGCGAUCGCGGCGGGAUGCACGAAACGCGACGUGCUGUAUGUGGCGCUUGUCCGGGCCGAGUGCGGCGGCGGCGCUGCGGCGUUGAUCGUCACAUACCUGUCGGGCAUUAGGACGUUCACGAUCCGGACCGAAUACCUACGCCGGGGUACUGCUGGCAAAGUGACCGACUUGGGCGUCAAACCGGACAGAAUGGUGUUUUUGGGCACGGACGGAGGCACAAAAUUAUUCUUCCGAUACGACGCUUCACCCGACGUGCAAAGCUGGGACACGGCCCUACCGUUUACCACGGCAAACAUCUCGCCGGUCUAUCGGUCUGGCUCCUGUUUUCUAGCUACCCAGGUGAUGGUCGACCGGGACCGAAACCGGCUCAUGGUUCUCGAGUCGAACUUUCCGGACUUUAUACAAAACACUGUCGGCUGCGGAAUCGUGCACUAACGUCCGCGUGCUCGAAGGAUGUUUUUAAGUCACGUCCGUGACCCUUUCAACUACACGACAGAGUCUAUGGAGAGUCACUUGACGACAUUUACCGCCUGCAAAGCGUAUAUUAUUUCAAUAUAAAUUGUGUAUAUCAGUU